AUGCAUUUAACAACCUGCUUGCUGCUGUUGAUUUGCCUAGUGCCACUGCUGCACUGCUCGUACGAUGCGAUUGCACCUACGCAGAACUUGACGACUUACUUACUGGCGCGCCAGAAGCGCCAUCAGCUGGUCUACCAGAACGGAGGCAGUAUUCGACUAGUGGUUGGCCCCGUGAUGGCCGUUCAGUUGCAAGAUCCGGUUGUGUGGCGCAGCUUUGUGAACUUCUAUGUGCUGCACUUUGGAGGCUAUACAUUGCCCUCAGCACCACUCUACCCAUGGGACAAAUGGGAGUCCGUUUUUGCCAGAUCUCUCAAGGAGAAGAUACGUCUGCUAGACGCAUCGCACGAGGAUGACACACGUCUCUUUGCCUACACCGCACUGGAGCACUACAUGGACAACGAGAGCAAUGUCCCGGGUCGCGGCCGCCAGUGCCUGCUGCGUGCAAUGUGUGAGAAUGCGCAAGUGCAUCAGCACGUGGGAAUCAUGGCUGAGCUACUCAAUGUGCUACUAACACCCGGCAAGGCACGGCUCGAGAAGGUCUACACAGAAGCUUACGCCGCGGGCCUGGCGGGCGUGGAUUGUAUACACCAGUUCCUCGACUGUCCCAGAGGUGCGAGUGCCUUGGAUGCGCUCGCAGUGGAUGUAAAUUAUUAAAUUUCUUUUAUAUUU